UGCCAUCCUAUCUGCCUAGCGGAUGUAUAUCCAGCCAAGAGCCCUUGGCUUAGAAAGAGACUCUAUGUGGCCCUGGAUUCACAGAGCGACGCCUCCCUGGCUACUCCAGAGUUCUUCCGCAUGUUUGACCUUAAAACCAAGAUGGUUGACUACACUAUGACUACGUGUGCAGGAAAAAAGAAGUUGCAGGGUCGCAUAGCAUCUGGCUUUGUUGUCUCCUCUUGCGACCAGAAGAGGCAGUUCAAGUUGCCAGACCUGAUUGAGUGUUCCUCCAUCCCUCGGAACAAAAAACAAAUUGUAACUAGAGAAGUUGUGGAGGCUCAUCCACAUUUGCGACGAUUAAAGAAUGCCAUACCUGCUUUCCGUCCAGAUGUGGACAUUGCCCUUCUGCUUGGUGCGGACUGUCCGAACUUGUUCUAUGUGAACGACCAAGUUAAGGGGCCUCCAGGGGCGCCCAUUGCUCAGCUGCUACCACUAGGCUGGACAGUUACAGGCCCAGUGUGCAUAAACAAGAUGCACCCACCAUCGUCGUUGGACUCCAAUCAAGCACAGGUGCUUAAAGGUGGACGUCCUACACUUGUGCGCAGUUGCCUAAGUCACAUCUCAGUCUACUGCCAAGCAAUAACUCCAGAGUAUUCCUCCAUUUUCAAAGUCUCUGAGAGAGACGAAGCCACAGCGCUCUCGAAAGAUGAGCAAAGGUUUUCGGACAUUAUGAAUGCUCAAGUCUCACGAAGUGCAGAGGUGGAAAGCUGAGUACUUAAGCCAGCUUCAAGCUAGAAGAAUCUGGCAAAGCCCACAGGACAACAUUGAGGUUAACAACGUUGUGUUGUUAAAGGACAAAGACUUGCCCCGCCAUGCGUGGCCCAUGGGCAUUGUAUUAAAGACCUUUCCUUGCCCGGACGGUAAGGUCAGGAAAGUUCAAUUAAAGACUUGCAACAGAGGCAAAGUGUCCAUUUUGGACAGACCAAUUAGUGACCUCGUGUUGCUUAUUGGAGAUGUUUAAAGUUCUAGUGUUUGUAUUGUUGUGUAUACAAAGGUGUUUGUAUGUUUUUGAUUGGUAAAUUCCCAUAUCCUGGGAAUUUAGCGGGGAGUGUUCCGUCCCCCAGGACGAUGGUUUGCCUUACCUAUUGGUCGUUUGUUUGUUUUCCCUCCUUUACAUUUUGUUUGAGCCUCUGGCUGCAAAAGCCUAGGAAAAAUGGCUUGGAAUCUGCAAGAGCUGGCUGCAGUUUUCUUUGCAGUGAUUGGUCAAAGAAUGCAACAUCUUAGGACCGCCCUUUUUACCAGGGUCUAGUCUCCAUUUUGGAGCUUCAUUCUGGCUAUAGUCUUCCAACGUGCUGGAGCUGUGCAAGGCUAACUGGGACAAAUCAUCCUCAAAACCAGGCCAAUCUAAGCCUAUCCAAAUUAGAUAAGUAUUGAAUUAUAUUGAUCUGGAAUAGGAAAUCUAGUUAGAGGAGCAAAGUUAUUCCAUCGCUUCUAGAACUAAUCUUUGCUGUAAAGAUAGGGAAGGAAAGAGUUUCUCCUUCUAAUAUAGGCAGCGUGAUUAGGGUAUAGUGGUUUUAUAAUCACUUUUGCCUUCUGGAACCAGGGAUAAUUCUGUGACUAAAACCUAUAGAAAUUUGUUUCAUUUUCUGCAACUUUAAGAUCUGUGCCAGGUUUACAACCUUGUAUGAAUAAACAUUCUUUUUUGAAGUUAUCCAGACUCAGUCGUUCAAUAUCUAUAGGACAGCUUAUAGGGAUUUGCAGUUCGCCCGGAUAAAGGACAGCACGUUUCAGUUUUAUAGCUUUUUAUUGUCCGGCGGACGG